UAUGGCUGUUGUCAGACAGACAAAGCAGAGAGGCAAAUAAUUCGCCACUGAUUAGAAAUCCUUGGAAAGGGGUCGGUCAGGGCACUGUAUUCAUACCGCCUUACUGUUCGGCUGCAGUGAAAGACACAGCGGGUCUUUGCUCCAGUAACAAAGUUAAAUGGUUAAGUGGACGAUUUGAACCGAGGUAAGUCAUGCACUAAGCUAUUUCCAACACUAAAAGUGAUGUUAUUAAUAUCAGACGGUCGCUAGCCAGCAACGGCGGCUAACGUCAGCUAGUAUCAGCAUUGGCACGGCUAGCAUGUUAUGCUAUCAUUCUACAACCCCAGUGCUACCGAAAAUAGCAUAAGUUGCUAGCCGUCCUCUGUGAUGCAUACGGACUGUUACCCGGUAUAAAUGCAGCAGCAGCUCCAGUGAAAAUCAUUUAUGAGCUUGAGUGUUUCAAGCCGGCUCAUUUAGCGUUUCAUAGGACACUGUCACUCAGUCUGCCAAAGAAACAUUUGCUAACGUUAGCUCGUGGGCAAAGGGCGUGAAGGCUGGCAUCACAGCGGCUCCCCUGCAGCGCGGAGCGGCAGAUCUGUGCUCCAGGGCCACAGUCAGCAAAACAAAAACACAUGGACCAAAAGAUACCAGCAACUUUGGUCAGUGUUUGGACAAUCUAGAAAAAUACACUGCCAAAGAAACGCGUUUGAUUUACACAACAGACUGUACUGGGGAUAUCGAAUGCAUCAUGCAUGCAAUCUGUAUUUAGCAGCAGGAUGUCUGAGUUCAGCGAGGAGCCGCGCUUCACCAUUGAGCAGAUAGAUCUGCUGCAGCGGCUGCGUCGCUCCGGCAUGAACAAGCAGGAGAUCCUGCACGCGCUCGAAACUCUGGACCGGCUGGACCGGGAGCAUGGCGACAAGUUCGGCCGCCGCACCUCUUCCUCCUCCUCUUCCUCGUCCUGCUACGGAGUAGGUGGGGCCAACAACUGCACCAACAACUCUGCCUCCAACACUACUACAUCACUCAACAAUAACAACACUGCCUCUGCAACCACCACCUCUUCCGUGACAUGCAACGGCAACACCAGCGGCGAGCGCAAUCGCUCCGCCCCCGCCGCGUCUUCCACCACCUCCAAAAUCUCCACCGCCACGCAGACGCAGUUCGGCAGCGCAGGGGGGCACUCUCCGUCUCCUAGCAACAGUUACAACACCUCCCCGCCUCCGGGACCACCGCCGCCUUCUGCCAUCUUGCCAUCACCGGUUUCGCUGGUGGCUCAUACGCAGAACGGCAGGGAUAGCCUAGCCGCCACACCCAACGGGAAGCUGUCUCCUCCCAGAUACCCAGUGAACAGCGCGGCCGCAGCACGAGCAUUCGGGUUCGAAGCUACAGAAGAAGACCUGGACAUUGACGACAAGGUGGAGGAGCUGAUGAGGAGGGACAGCAGCAUGGUGAAAGAGGAGAUCAAAGCGUUCCUGGGGAACAGGAGGAUCUCUCAGGCAGUGGUGGCACAAGUUACCGGGAUCAGCCAGAGCAGGAUCUCCCAUUGGCUGCUGCAGCACGGCUCCGACCUGAGCGAGCAGAAGAAGAGGGCCUUCUACCGCUGGUACACGCUGGAGAAAACCACUCCAGGUGCCACUCUGAACAUGCGGCCUGCUCCUUUACCUCUGGAGGAUAUGGAGUGGAGGCAGACCCCACCCCCCAUCAGCACAGCCCCCGGAACCUUCCGCCUGCGCAGAGGAAGCCGCUUCACCUGGAGGAAAGAGUGCCUGGCCGUGAUGGAGAGCUACUUCAACGACAACCAGUACCCGGAUGAGGCCAAACGGGAGGAGAUAGCCAACGCCUGCAAUGCUGUUAUUCAGAAGCCAGGGAAGAAGCUGUCUGAUCUGGAGAGGGUCACCUCCCUGAAAGUUUACAACUGGUUCGCCAACCGCCGCAAAGAGAUCAAGAGACGGGCCAACAUUGAAGCCACAAUCCUGGAGAGUCAUGGAAUAGACGUCCAGAGUCCGGGGGGGCACUCCAACAGCGACGACGUCGACGGAAACGACUUAUCAGAGCAGGCAUUUGACCUGCCCUAUUUUGACAAGAGACCUCUCAGCCGACCUUUUGGCCUUUACCGCCUGGAGCCCACCUCGCCUACACAGGAGGACGGCGCGGCGCACAUCGAGCACCAGGACCCCAUCUCUCUGGCUGUGGAGAUGGCUGCUGUCAACCACACCAUCCUGGCCCUGUCCAGAACCGGGGGGGUCCCAAACGACAUCAAGACGGAGUCCCUGGAGGACGAAUGAACUGCACAGGAAACAGAACGGAGGAAGUGGAAGAGAAAUGACAGUCAAAGAAAGGAGGAGAAAAAACAGGGAGAUAAAAAAAGAAAAAAGACCAAACUAAUGCUACUUAGUAAAUCUGGAUCUGCCCCUCCCUCUCAGCUUCCCACCUCCAACAAAGUCAGUGUAAACAGUAAUCCCCCCUCCCUACCCAUAUAUUGACACAGCUGGUGAGAAUGGGUCUCUUAAAGUUUCCACGGAAAGAAGAUAGAGGGGGGCACCCAGGCCUCCAACCCCUAAAUCGGUGGCCCUCGUCUGGGAUUGUACCUCCCUCCUCCCCUCACAAGAUACCUCUCCUCUUUACUCCCCCGUGCUUCCCUUUCCAGCCUGGUCGUCUGAGCCGAUCCUCACUCUAUAUCACCUCAGCGUCAACCUCAAGAAAAAAGAAAUGGUGUACUAUAUAUAUAAUAUAUAUAUAUAUGGUUCUCAGUCACACUCUACCUACCUGCGUAACCCUCAAAUGAUCCUCUUCAUUGUGCAGUUCAUCGGAAGAGCGACCUCCAGCAGCUGUCUGGGGAAAGAUGGAGGGUGAGAGUUUCCUCUCCCCCUCUGGAAGGAUAAUCAGAAGUCGCUGUCUUAUAUCCUCAUUUCUUAGUGGAGUGGCUUUUUACAUGAGCCGCUGUUGGAUGAAAACCUCUAAAAAGAAGUAGCCUUAUUUUCAUACAGGAAACUACACCUUUACUUUUUGCAGUAUACACCUCGUUUUUUUCCUGAAACUACCACAAACUUUUUUAGUAUGCAUACAAAAUGUAAAGGUUUAUAUCCAACAGCAGCAGUGGUUUCUCUCACCUGCAUUUAUUUGACGACAGGAUCUACAAUCAUUUAGCCUCCCAGUGACACUCCUGUUCAGUACUCGAGGCUAUGAUCAUUAUUUUAGGGUCAAUGUGAUAAUCAAGCAAUGGUAAGCUAUCUAAUAAGGGGAACUGUGCUUUGUUUUCAUCCAUGCCAAAGGAAAAGAUGCUUGGAGCUCAAAGCUUAAAGGUUAAGCUACUGUAAGACCGAUCUAAAAUGGUGUUCAUCCAAAGCGAUUUCUGCUAACUCCUCUGGCGUACGAAGGUUGUUUCAUAGCUCGGUGAAGCCUCUGGAGCUAGCGCUACGUGGUUCUGACACUACAGCAGGCCUGUGUCGGGAAAGAAAGGUAUUAGCAGCCACACAUCUAAUGAUAAAAUACCCCUAAGCUAUUUACUACUUGUUCUGUGAAGCUGCCUCUUUAUUAUAGCAGAAAGAAUGUGCUUUCAGAGGAUUUCUUUAAAAUAUCCAAUUAGACUAAAUCCUCACUGGAAAUGGUUUAGAAUAUCAGAAGAGGCCAUUUAAGUUUGUAUUUAAAGGUAGGGUAGGUAAGAAUUGAGAAACCAGCUCGAGUGCGCUAGAAUUUGAAAGUACACAACCGAAACAAA